AAAACCUUACCCCCACCGCAGGAUUUGUCAGACAUAUCUGUAUAAGUAUACGACCCUAAUCAUAACGCAUUGGGCGUAGUAAUAAAAGUGGUAAGCCACCCUAGAGGACUAGCGUCCUCAAGCGUCAAUUUUGACGAACAUUGUGCGUUCAAUGGUUAACCAAAUCCCCGUGCCACAGGCCAAAUAUGAAUUGUUAACAGACGUCCGACAACCACGUUGGAGAACACAAGUUCUGUGCUUGGCAUUAGUAUCUUUGAUACUUGGAGUUCUUUUCGUGACACGCGCGUGGUUGGGAAUUGUUAUCCUUCGCUCUCCAAGAGCGAAGACACUCGAUACAGAAACACUAACAGACAAUGCCAAGAUUGCUACGUGGUUACGUCGGGCUCGGAUGUACGCCGAGUCGACGAAGGAGAACCAGAAUGCGGACAGGAACAACAGCAUCAGUUCGCCACAACACUACAACACCAAUUCCUCAGGGCAAAUCAUUGUCUGUUAUUACACCAUAUCGAGCGACCUGAACACGUUCUGGGAGCUCAGUCCGUCGCACAUUGACCCUGAUCUUUGUACGCAUAUUAUCGUGGGUUUUGCGGGCGUGGUGAACUGCAGCCUAGAUUUGGGCAGUAAUUCAUCAAUCUACAAGGAAGUUAUCGCCUUGAAGAAAUUGCAACCUCAAUUAAGGGUCAUGAUCAGUGCUGGCGGCAGUAAUGAGCUCCACUUAGGUUUUUCAGAAAUGGUAAAAAAUCAUGCAAAUAGAAAAAGAUUCAUACGGUCCGUUUUAAAUGUGACAAAGACAUUUGGUUUCGAUGGACUCGACUUAGAUUGGGAAUUUCCUGCAUGGCUUGGAGCUGAUGAACGGGAAAAACUCCAUUUCGUACAAUUAUUAGAGGAAUUACGAAGAGAAUUUUAUCGCGCUACAAAAACGUUGAUUCUUUCUGUUGCAGUAGCUGCUCCACAAGCUAUUGUUGAUCAAAGCUAUAUGGUUGCAGAAAUGGCAAAGUAUGUAGAUUUUGUGAACUUGAUGUCAUAUGACUACCAUUUUUAUGUAUGGUACUAUCCAAUUACCGGACUCAAUGCACCGCUUUUCUCACAUGCUGCUGAAUCCGGUUAUCUUUCCACUCUAAAUGUUAAUUAUUCGGUUCAUUAUUGGCUUUCAAAAGGGAUGCCAAGAGAAAAGUUAAUUGUUGGGAUUCCUACUUAUGGCCACAACUAUAGACUGGAUAAUCCGCAGAAUCAUGAUUUACUCGCACCAGCAAAUGGUUUCGGAGAAUUGGGGAAGAUGGGUUUCGUUUCUUAUCCUACAGUUUGCGAGUUCCUUCAAAACGGCGCGAAGAGCGUUUUCAAACAUGAAAGCAAGGUUCCCUAUGCCUAUAAAGAUAGAGAAUGGAUCUCAUAUGACGAUGUUACAAGCGUUUACUAUAAGGCUGAAUGGAUCCGUAGGAAUAAUUUUGGAGGAGCAAUGAUAUUAUCCUUAAAUGUUGACGAUUGGAAUAAUACAUGUAAAUUCAAUGAAAGCUUUCCUUUAACUCGUACUGUUAGCAAGAUUCUCAGGUAUCAAGCCGAUUAAUCCAUUUUCGUUUGUCACUUCUUUACAUUCCAAACAGAGAUAUCGC